AUGCUUCCGUUUCACCUCGUAAUCCCACUUGUCCUCGCGUCGCUCUGGGGUGUAUCCUCAGCUUUGUUCUACAGAGAUAUCACAUCCGACAAUUUCGACAAACUAAUCGAUUCGUCGCAGGCCGCCAUCAUGCUCGAAUUCUACGCACCAUGGUGCGGACAUUGCAAGGCCCUUGCUCCCGAGUACGAGCGCCUGGGCACGACGUUUGCGACAUCGAAAGAUAUCAUCAUUGCUCAGGUCGAUGCCGACAAGAAUAAGGAUCUCGGCGAGCGGUUCGGCAUUUCUGGGUUUCCGUCUCUAAAGUGGGUAGCGAAGGGCGGGGAUGUCGACAAGCCUGAGGAUGUCACGGCUGGGCGUACAGCUGAUGAGCUGCUCAAGUUUGUGAAUGAAAAGAUGGGAACUUCGAAGAAACUCUUGGAACCGCGAUCCAGCGUCACCGUCGUGACGGGUGAUAACUUCAAGGAUAUCGUCAUGGCUAAGGAUAAGGUCGCGCUUGUCGGCUUUUUCGCACCUUGGUGUGGUCAUUGCAAGGCCUUGAAGCCAACCUGGGAACAGCUCGCAACCCUGUACGCGGAUGAGAAAGAUGUGGUCAUCGGGUCAGUGGAUUGCGAUGAAGAAGGGGAUCUGGCCGCUGCAAACGACGUGCAAGGUUUUCCACACAUUAAAAUUUUCGGGCGCGACGCGGAAGAAGGGGAGGAUUACAACGAAGCGGGUCGUUCGCUUGACGAGUUCGUGAAGUUCGUGAACGAGAAGGCCGGGCUGGACAUCACAACGGACGGGGGGGUAUCGCCGACCGGCGGAGUCGUUGCGGAGAUCGCAGAGCACAUCAAGUCGUUCGUGGCCGCGUCCUCGGAUGACGAGCGCAAGAAGGUGACGGACACUUGCCACGCGGCGGUAGAGAAACUGGACGAGACGGCAAAGAAAAAUUUCAAGUAUUAUGUGAAGGUGUUCAAGAAAAUUGCAGACCAGGGCGUGGAGUUCGCAUCUAUGGAGAAAGCGCGUCUGUUGAAGAUGCUUGAAAGCCCUGAUAACCUGAAGGCGUCCCAGAAACGAAACUUCAUGCGGCGAGUUAAUGUGUUGAGCGCGUUCGACGAACUGUAA